GCCCUUAAUGCCUAACUCACAUUUGACAACUGGAGCUACAUAUAAAUUCAUUUUCUAUCCUUAGCUAUAAAUAAACUGCAUCUAUGAGCCAUUUGAUCACCAAGAAGAUAUCGGUAAAUAUAAUCUUAUAAAAGAUCAUCAACUUUUUAUUUCCUAUAUUCCAAAGAAAUCAUGAUUAGUGCUAAGAAACUCAUCAAGAUGGCAAGGAAAUGGCAGAAGUUCGCAGCGAAUCAAAGGAAGAGAAUUUCUUUUCAAAGAUCCAAUACCAAUGAUGCAAAGAGCUGCAGCACAUCAGCUUCUGUAGUUGACAAAGGUCAUUUUGUGGUGUAUACAAUAGAUCAGAACCGAUUUGUGGUUCCGUUGGCUUAUCUUCAACAUGAGGUAAUCAGACAACUGUUGCACAUGUCUGAAGAAGAGUUUGGACUUCCAAGUGAUGGCCCCAUUACGUUACUGUUCGAUGCACUAUUCUUGAACUACAUUAUAUCUCUCAUUCGAAGAGGUGUAUCUGCAGAUUUUCAAAAUGCUUUGAUUGUAACAGUCGCUUCCAGUCGAUGCUCAUCAGCUUCAUACCUUCAAGAACAACGACAUUCGGAAUUGUUAAUUUGUUAAGCUAACUGUGAUGAAUUUUGUAACGUGAUACUCAACAAAUGUAUAGAAUAUUAACAUCUAAUUUUUAAUCAAAAACUCCACAUUCUUGCCUUCAAA